AUGACAUCUUCGAGCGCAUCGCCGGCGAAGCUUCCCGCCUGGCUCAUUACAACAAGCGCUCCACCAUCACCUCCCGGGAGAUCCAGACCGCCGUCCGCCUCCUCCUGCCCGGAGAGCUGGCCAAGCACGCCGUCUCCGAGGGCACCAAGGCCGUCACCAAGUACACUAGCGCCAAGUAAUCCCCCCGCCCCGCCCGGCACCGUGGCUCUCCGAGAGAUCCGCCGCUACCAGAAAUCCACCGAGCUGCUCAUCCGCAAGCUGCCCUUCCAGCGCCUCGUCCGAGAGAUCGCCCAGGACUUCAAGACCGACCUGCGCUUCCAGAGCUCCGCCGUCAUGGCUCUGCAGGAGGCCGCAGAGGCUUAUCUCGUUGGACUCUUCGAGGACACCAACCUCUGCGCCAUCCACGCCAAGAGGGUCACCAUCAUGCCCAAAGACAUCCAGCUGGCACGCCGCAUCCGCGGAGAGAGGGCCUAG